AUGCGAACAUUCAUACUAUUAUUGUGUUUUCUUAAAGCUUCCUUCACCGGACGUCUACAAAUUAUUCUGCCAAACAACCUUCCUCCCGAUUCAGAAAGUUCUUCACUUGAUUCUGUUUCUCUGCUUGAACUCAACAAACAUAUUCUUGGAGUAGAGAGCAGUGCUCGUGGUAAUCGGCCGCUCGCCAACGAGGAUUUGUUCGAGAAACCUAAAGCAUUGAUCAUCAUUAGUAUCACUGGUUUGGAUAAUUUCAAUUAUGAUGGUCGCGUCUAUAAUUUCACUGAUGAGUUUGAUUCCCAACAAAUUCAUGAGAGUUUAAAACGAAACUUCGGAGAAGAAAUGAUUCAUGCCAAUGUCAAUUCUUCCGGAAUCUUCGGCUCUUCACAUUUCAAGCGAAACACAGUGAUGGAUGAACAAAGUCUAGAAAACCAAGAUAUCGAUAAUAUGAACAAGCUGGCUGAAGUUAUUCGAGGAAAGGAUCGGAAAAAUGCCAACGUCGUUGACUAUUAUCGCAUUCAUCUAGAUGCCUCCAAUGCCCGUAAUGAAAAAGAAAAAGAACGGCUGGAACAAAAAAUGAAGUACGGAAUUGACUCACUACAAAAAGCCAUUGACCAGAGUUACGGCUUAAAUGUUAUAACUGAAAUUUAUACACACGACAAAACCACCAAAACAGAGUCGGACAAACUUAAAGAAAUUUGGAAAAAAUUCCAGAUUACUGGUUUCAGAAAUACAGAAUACCCAGCAAUAUUCGCCAUCUCUGCGCUGGUUUGUUUCUGCAUUCUUUUCGGAGUUGUAGCAAUGCUCUGGUUCAUGUUCGAUGAAAGUGAUAUGGGAAGAAACUCCUUGAUGUACCCAUCGGCUGCGAGACAGAAGAAAGAUUGA